AUGAAUCAUCUUCUCCGCCAAAAUUUUGGAAGCUUCAGUAGGACUAACCUUCCUUUCAGAUGGUCCUUCCUUCGUUUCCCCAAAACCAUUCCUUCCCCCGAUCCGGUUCACGACUCUCUCAAGCGUCGUAUCGAACACGCCCCAGAUUCGAUGCCUUCCCUCACCCCUUUGCUCCACGAAUGGCGACAACUCGGAAACAAACCAGGUCUUUCUGAACUCAGGAGCAUCAUCUCCUCCCUUCACAAAUUCGACCGCUUCUCCCACGCCCUCCAGGUUUCGGAGUGGAUGAGUGACCAAAAAAUUUACAAUCUAUCUACAGUGGAUUUCGAGACUCGACUUCUCUUGAUUGCUAAACUUCGUGGUCUUGAAGAAGCUAGCAAUUUCUUGGACACCAUUCCAUUAAAGAAGAGGGACUUUUACGUGCACAACGCUCUCUUGAACUCUUGCAAAACCCAAGGAUCCCUGAGCAUAGCCGAGACCACGUUUCAGAAGAUGAGAGACCUUGGUUUGGUUGCCAAAAACCCUAAACCUUACAACACCAUGAUCUCUCUCUACUACAGUGCUCAAAAUCACGACAUGGUUGUCAAGCUCCUGCUCGAGAUGGACGACCAAAGAUUAGAACCCCAGGGAGUUCCCUUUGGUAAGCUCUUCUCAUGUUUCGCUAUCGCAACAUCCGUCAAAGACUCUGUGGGAAUGGAGAGGUUUCUCGCCAAGUGGGGGGACAGGAUGGAGCCAUGGGCCACAUGCUUCUUCCCCGGAUGCCUCUAUAUGGGACUUGGAUCUAUUGAUAAGAGUUUGUCUUUGUUUCGUAAGGCUGAGGAAUUACUCGAUGAUGACUGCAGGAAAAACAUGUAUGGAGCUCUCAUGAGAGUCUAUUGUCUGCACGGUGAAACAGAGGACGUUUACCGUCUCUCUGAAUUGGCUAAACGCCACGGUGUAUCCUUUGACGCCACUGUAAGUUCUGAAAUGAUCAAGUUCUUUGCUAUGAAGAACGAUUUUGAUGGAGCUCACGAGAUUAUGGAAGAGUGGGAUACCGGAGCUGGCGAUCUUGGUCUUUCAGAUUUUGGUCACAAGAUAAGAUGCAUGAAAGAGGAGGCUGAUAAAGCUAUCAACAUGCUUGGGAAGAAGGAGAGCACGUGGGAGAGUUUGACUGACAUGUUAGAGCGAAACUUGGCGGAGGGUGAGGAUGAUGGUGAAAGGGAGAGGAGGAAGAGAGUGACGGAGGCCCUGGAGGGGAGGCUGCAUGAACGCUGGAACCCAAAGACCAGUAUGACUCUGUCGGCUUACGCCUGCGUGCAGUAUGUUGAGGGUCGUAGGGAUAUGGAAAGUGCAGCUGAGAUUCUCAAACUGCUUAACAAACAAGAACAAGUGUCACGUGCGAUGGACAAAGACAGAUUGUGUUUGAAGAUGGUGGAGGCAAUGAGAGGUGGAGGAUACGUUGGUGGAGAAGUCUAG